AUGCCCACGCUUGUCUCCUCUUCUGGAUCGAACAGUAUGCAGGGCACUCCCGGCAACGAAUCCGGUGCGGCGUAUGCCACUCCGCCCACGCAAUCCUCGUCCACCUUCGCCAGCGGUUCCAACACUCCAUCGCAUCAGAUUCGCCUCAACGGUCAGAGCUCUGGCAUCGGCGAGUCGCCCGCCGCCUACGGCUCGCGCAACAAUGGCUCCCAUAGCGGAGGCAAGGACAAAAAGUGGAAGCAAAUGUUCAAAUUCGGUUCCAUUGGCAGAAAAGCCAGCGGUAACGCCUCCAACGACCGUAGCUGGCAGACCGACUCCGCCGAGAACAGCAAGAACGGCGACUACUUUGAGCACGCACAGUACAAUGGCUCCAAUGCUGGUUCGUCCAGCUUCCGAGGCGUGAACGGUUCCCACGUCGCCACCGACCCCAGCUCUUUCUCCAACGACAGCUACUCGUCCGAAGAUCGCAACGGCUCUGGUUCGAUUGGUGAUGCCAUGACCGCAUCCGCAUCUGGCAAGCUUCAGCCUCCAGCCGACAUCAGCGACAAUGAGUCGGCCCAUCAGGGACUUGCUUCGCGUCUCAUGAGACGAGUAUCCAGUGCUCCAGACAACAACAAGCUUUACAAGAAUGGACAGCCCAACGACGGUGCAUCGACCACCAAGAACGGCUACCUGUCCCCUGAGGCUUCUGGCGGCAAGCACGGCCAAUUCGUCUCUGAGAGUGGCGCUCUGAAGGACCAGGAUGCUACCUACUUCACCAACACGCCCAUUCGCAUGGACAGCAGCGCCACUUCAUUCAGCUACAAGGACUUCGAAAAGGGUCGAUCGGUCAGCGCAAAGGGAUCUUCCACUCCCAAGUCGGGUCGAAUCAACUUCCCCGGCACAGGCCGCUCCAAGAGCUCCAACGGCAAGGACAAACGCUCGCAGCCUCCACCCUCCAGCAGCUCGGCCAACCUCGCCGCAUUAGCAAAUGCCAAUGCUUCUUCCGUCAGCCGAAACGGCCCUGGCAGCUUCCGUCGAACCUACUCGAGCAACAGCAUCAAGGCCAGAGACGUCGAAGUCGGGCCCAACAGCUUCAGCAAGGUCAAGAUGCUCGGCAAGGGUGAUGUCGGCAAAGUCUACCUGGUUCGCGAGAAGAAGACCGACAAGCUGUACGCCAUGAAGGUGCUCUCCAAGAAGGAGAUGAUCAAGCGCAACAAGAUCAAGCGUGUCAUGGCCGAACAGGAGAUCCUCGCCGCGUCCAACCAUCCCUUCAUCGUGACGCUCUACCACUCAUUCCAGUCCGAAGACUACCUCUACCUCUGCAUGGAAUACUGCAUGGGCGGCGAGUUCUUCCGAGCGCUGCAAACACGCCCGGGCAAGUGUCUCGCGGAAGAAGACGCCAAGUUUUACGCCGCCGAAGUCAUUGCUGCGUUGGAGUACCUGCAUCUGAUGGGCUUCAUCUACCGCGACCUCAAACCCGAGAAUAUCCUGCUCCACCAGAGCGGACACGUCAUGCUUUCCGAUUUCGAUCUGUCGGCAAGGGCAACGCAGCGCGGUGGUGCACCUGCCAUGAUUCGUCAAGCCACGCCCAACAGCGCGCCGCUCGUCGACACGAGGAGCUGCAUCGCUGAUCUGCGAACCAAUUCGUUCGUAGGCACAGAGGAGUACAUUGCUCCCGAGGUCAUCAAGGGCUGCGGACACACUUCCGCGGUCGAUUGGUGGACGCUUGGCAUCUUGAUCUACGAGAUGAUCUUCGCCACUACGCCGUUCAAGGGCAGCACACGAAACGAGACCUUCUCGAAUGUGCUGCGCAACGAAGUGCAAUUCCCUGACUCGACACCCAUCUCGUCGUUCGGCAAGUCGCUCAUCCGCAAGCUGCUGAUCAAGGACGAUGUCAAGCGCAUGGGCUCGCAAUCGGGUGCGUCCGAGGUCAAGCAGCACAAGUGGUUCUCCAACCUUUCCUGGGGUCUGCUUCGCAACUCGACACCGCCGAUUGUUCCGGCCUACUCGAACGGCGUCGAUGCGGUCAACUUCCGCAACGUUCGCGAGAGCCGCAGUCUGGAUCUCGACGACCAAGGCAAGAACGGCAAAGCUAAGCCACCCGCCGAGAUCAAGGCUGUUGCAGGUCAGAAGAACGUCAACGAUGAAGAGGGCGAUGCCGUCGUCAGCAACCCUUUCAGCGGCUUCUCGAGUGUCACGCUCAAGCACGACGAUUACUGA